UGUGGAAUUUUAUUUAAAUCAUAGAUUCUUUUAGGUGCCAAAUCACUAAGAUGACAUAAAAGGCAUUUUAAUACAGAUAAUAAGUACAUUGAAAAGCAUGAGGUAUAGCUUAUUACAGUACUAUUUAUGCUUUAGUGUUUUAAUUUGACAAUAGUGUUGUGGUAUAUUAACAAUUAACAAUUGUGUGUACCUGACAUGAAAGAAAAUGUUUUCAGGUCAGAUUUUCCAGUCUUCCGACAUGCUUAAAUAGAAGGGUUGCUGAAGGAGUCACACAAUAUCCCAAAGCUACGUAACAGUGUGACCAAGAAGGUCAUUUAUCUCUGUUUAUUUCCUGAUCUUCUGGUUUUUCCGGUAGUCAAAAAUGGUGAGCAAUUUUGAUUCUAACAGUAGUGUAUUUUAGAUUGCAAUCAAACAUACAAAUACUAAGACAAUGAAAUAAGGAGCUGAGAAAUGAUGCUGAGAGGUGAAUGUGAUGACUAAAGAAUAAAGAAUCAAAAGAUGGUGCCUCUGAAAAAUACGUUACAUUUUUUAACCCAGAUAACCAAGAUUUCUUAGAUAUAAAUAAACUAGUUAAUAGUCUACACAAUUAAAACAAUUACAUCACAUGGGUAAUGUGCUAAUACUUAGCAAAUGAAAAAUGAGAAAGAUGAUACACCAGUAGUUUAGCUGCUAUACUGAUUUCUGCCAGUGAGUGGGGAUGAACCACCACAUACUGUGAAAAAAUACAUGAGAUUGUUAAAAAGUACAAAUCUUAUAUUAAAAAUGUGGUUUCCAGCAAAGGCCUCUCCAAACUCUAGGCAUUUGAUGCUGAUGAGGCAGUUAUGUGGUUGAGUAUGGAACAAGUGUUCUGUAUUGGUUCUCCCCCCAGUUUAAUAUCCCUAGUCCACAGGAGAUUCAUGACCCAAUUUUCCACCUACAGUCAACUACUGAUUCACCCUUUGCCCCAUCUGGUCUCCCCAACUUUCUUCAAGUUGAAGUAAAAUGACUUAGAGCAGGUUUUCUUGGCACUGCAACAUUAAGAUGCAGAGUGCUUUGGCAAUGUGCUGUUAUUCCAUCUGUCUUUUGACCUUUAAAAACUGCUAUGACAUAUGGUAAUCUGAGUGUCGGUAUUUUAAGAAUAUUGUGGAAUCUUGUUGCAGCAUAUGUGACAAAGCGGGACUCACACCUUUAGAAUUCAAAUCAGGCACAAUUAAUCAUAAAUGCACUUGCAUGUUCACAGUGAAAAUCAUACUUCUCUGUCUUAGCGAGCUCCACUUAUGCAAAAAUCUUUGUUGGGAACUUUUUCCUUAUUGCUACAAUCCUAUGAACCUGUCCAUUUAUAUACAAGCCUCGUAUGAUUUCUUCCCUCACCCUUCUAACUUUAGUAUACAUCUGAGCUCUGAAUUUCUGCUGUGAACAUAUUCAAUUCCAAGAUGAAUUAAACUUUAUAAAGGCUGAUACAAUCGGGAUACUUAAGAGAUACUUAAGAUGGGCAUAUGGGCAUAAGAAAAAGGGGAGGGUAAUGGGCUGCGUAGGAGAGAAGAGUUAGAUUAAUCAUGGAGUAGGUCUAUACAGGCCAGGCCAACAGGGUAGUUUGAAGGGCCAAUACUGUAUUCUGCUGUGUUCUAUGUUUUAAAGCACCUCAGAAUUAUUUUUCUAUCCAGUGUGCAUCAAAGGAAUUGUGAUGAAAAGCAAGGCAGAAAAUAUGCACACUUAUAUAUGGAAUGUAUCGAAGAUGAUUGUAGGGACAAAGAAGGUAUAUUUAAUUUCCAAAUAAUUCAUAAUCUUCCCUCAUUUGUAACAAUGAUUAUUAAAAUGUUGAUUAUUAGUUUGUGAGGUUAUGAUUUAACUCCAUCUAUGUGACAGGUUCCGAAUAGUAUUAUUUAGCUGAAUAGUUGACUUGGGUGUUCCACAUAUAUUCUAGGGCCAUCUAGUUCCCAACCUCUCAGUUAAUUGUAAAGCUUCAUGACAUGAAAAAGGUUGUGAGUCUCCGUUCCAGGGUAUUUAUUGGUAACAGGUACUUUAAAUAGGUACUCCUUAGUAUAAUUUUGUCAAAUGGUUUACAGAAAAUUAACUUGUCAAUCUCUUUUGGUGCAAUGGAGUGUUCUUAAUGUAUAAAAUAGGGGACCAUCAAAGAAUCAUUUGUCCCAUCCAGACAAUGAUCUGUAAUUUAAUCCCAACUAUGAAUAUAUGUUGAAAUUGUAUAAGACACUUUUGAGGCCUAAUUUGGAGUAUUGUGUUCAGCUUUGGUUACCUACCCUCACGAAAAAUGCUACUAAGUUGAAGGAGUACUGGAAGACUUACAUUAUAAGGAAAGAUUGAAUAGGUUAGCACUUUAUUCCUUGGAAUGUAGAAGAUUGAGAGGAGAUUUGACAGAGCUAUAUAAAGUUAUGAGGGGGUAUAGACAGGGUAAAUGAAAACAGGCUUUUUCCACUGAGGUUGGAUGGGACUACAACUAGAGGUCAUAGGUUAAGGGUGAAAAGUGAAAAGAUUAAGGGGAGCAUGAGGGGAAACUUCUUCACUCAGAGGGUCAUAAGCCAGAGCAAGUGGGUGCAUGCAAACUCGAUUUCAAAGUUUCAGAGAAGUUUGGAUAGGUAUAUGGAUGGUAGGGGUAUGGUCCAGGAGCAGAUCGAUGGAAGUAGGGCAGUUUGAAUGACAGCACGGACUAGACAGGCCCAAGGGCCUGUUUCUCUGCUGUCUGUCUCUAUGACUCAAUAUCUCACGUAACAAACCUGUCAAUUGAAAAGCAUGGGAUUAUUAUCCGUCGAUCAAAUUGCACUGCUGACAUUACAAUCAUCUCCGUUUUCAGGAUGCCACACUGAAAAGAAACCGUGAGGAUGGGCGACUGGAAUUUCCUGGGGGGGAUUUUGGAGGAAGUGCACGUUCACUCCACCAUUGUUGGGAAAAUAUGGUUGACCAUCCUCUUCAUAUUCCGCAUGCUGGUGCUCGGAGUGGCCGCUGAAGACGUGUGGAACGACGAGCAGUCUGAGUUCAUGUGCAACACGGAACAGCCCGGCUGCCGGAACGUCUGCUACGACAAAGCUUUCCCCAUCUCCCUCAUUCGCUACUGGGUCCUGCAGGUCAUCUUCGUGUCUUCGCCAUCGUUGGUGUACAUGGGCCAUGCGCUGUACAGGCUCCGGGCUCUGGAAAAAGAGAGGCAGAAGAAGAAGGUCGAGUUGAAGGGCGAACUCGAAGAGACUGAAGCGAUGGAUGAGGACCGGCGAAGGUUGGAGCGAGAGUUAAGGCAACUGGAGCGCAGGAAGUUGAACAAAGCGCCCCUGAGAGGGUCCCUCCUGCGCACCUACGUGUUACACAUCCUCACCAGGUCUGUGGUCGAGGUAGGGUUUAUGAUGGGCCAAAUUCUGCUCUACGGACUUGAGCUGGAUCCCCUGUACAAAUGCGAGCGGCUUCCCUGCCCCAACAUCGUUGAUUGCUUUGUCUCAAGGCCCACCGAGAAGUCAGUGUUCAUGGUAUUUAUGCUGGGCAUUGCCGCGGUUUCCCUGUCCCUGAACAUCCUGGAAAUCAUCCAUUUAGGCUGUAAGAAGAUUGAGCUGGGGCUUUUUGGAUACUACCCCAAAAUGAAAGAAGACGUGAGGGAUCUCUACAUAAAUAAAUCACAGAAAACCUCGAGCGUCCAGCAAAUCUGCGUCCCCACCUCAAGACCUUCGCUAACAAUGAUCCCCACUGCCCCCAGCUGUUACAACCUGUUGCUUGAGAAACCAGUGGAGUCCGCCAUGUAUCCAAUAUUUACGCCGCCGCCUGGGUUCAAAGCCCUUCAAAGUGAUCAGAAACAGUUUCAGAAAGUUGAGGAGCAGGAGCCAGUGGCGAAUCACUUUAACACAAACUGUCAUUCCAGCGCCAGUGAGCGGCAGAAGAAGUCCAGUGGAUCAGAGAACCCAAGCCAUUGUAGCGAAGAUUUGCAACACCCAACCGCUGCCUCCUUUCCUGUUGGCAGCUCCCAUUCAGCCAGUCAGGCGGAACUAUCGACGGCCGGAGUGUUGUACCCGACCCUCCCCGCAGGUAUAGCUGCAUUCACCGUGGGUUCGGCCAGCUCCAGUCGCAGGCCACGGCGAGUCAGCGCCACUCUCAACUGCGCCACGGUGGCAGAGCGCAGUGGCUCGGCCACCGAGUCCGAACCGAGUAACAGGGGGAGAUGUGGCUUCGGCGCUACCUGGUCCAGGGCGGCCUCGAAAACAGAUCUCAAACGGCCCAGCAGAUCUGACACCCCCGAUUCCAUCUGUGAAUCCAGCUCAGAGUCGAAGCAGAGCGGGAACGGCGACAGCCCCCAGGCGCUCUCUCCCUCACGGAGAAUGUCUUUGGCAAGUAACGCCAGCGGCAGGCGUGCUCCCACCGAUCUUCAGAUAUGAGCAUCACAGUACUUCAGCUCUUAACCAUUAUGAAAAAGCAGAGUCAGUGACCAAUGGCUUUAGGAGCUGCUGAAAUUUUGCAUUUGAACUGGAAUGAAUUAUUGUAUGUUCUCCACUCACUGGGAACGCAGAGAGUCCCAUGCUUAAUGGGCUAAGAACAGAGAGCUCUCUCGUUUCACUGCGCUGAAGGGCUGUGGAGGUAUUCCUUUCACCUGACAUUUGUAAGGAAGUAAAGUGCUGCAGUCAGUUUUAUAAUGCAGCUUCUGUCAACUGUGCUCCAAUUGUCCAUCUGGAUUUUGGAACGACUUGAUACUCAUGCCGUACUAUGGCUGUAGAAUUGAUAUAAUAUUGAUGAUAGAGCAAAGAUGGCCUCAGAGGCUGGUGCAGUGAACGAUAGUGCUGAGAGCAGUGGAUAGUCAAUUUUACUUUACAGUAUGCCAGGUGGUGGAUUUCAGUGCUCACCUCAUAUCCAGGGACUUCUAAUCUCCUGAGGAGCAACUCCCCCACAGAGACAGCCAGAGACGAUUAAAAUUAAUGAACUACCACACUGCUGCUACCUCUGAAAGUCAUGUAAGGACAGCCAUAUGCAAAGACUUGGCAGGAAGUUGUUUAACUGAUAAACGCUUUGGGAAAACCAAAAGCCAGGGAGAAUUUAACACUGAGUUAAAAAGAUUAUGAUAAUGUUUUAACAUUUUAAUUAUGACAAUUUCUUUAGGUUCUAGUGUUACCAGUGAACAAGUAUUGAUAAGCACUUCUGCUUGUUUAUCACCACACCCAUUGACAGUUCACAGUAAUGCAAUGAUAAAAUGAAGUUUUGUUUUAUCUACAUUGUCCUAACAUUGAAUUCACAUCUUUAGUUGUUAUCCUGUUUCUUCUCAUGCCUUUUGUAAGACCUUUUUUUUUCAGGAAAUAUCCCCUGAGUAUUAAUUUUUCACUCUCCAAAUUCCCUUGCACUGGAUCUCCAUGACAGUCCUUGCAUUAGCUGAUACUUGGGAUGUCCUGCUCCCUUUCAAAGCUCUGCUCAACUCUUCUCUUUUCAGAAACAUGUUUGAUCCCUCUAACUCAGUAAACUAUUGCUUUGUCUCUCACUUAACAACAAUGCCAAAAAUUCUUGGAAGCUAUGUGAAUUCCAAUUCCAUGCCCAUUUCUCCCAUAAUUCUGUGUUCGGUUUCUUCCAAUCAUUUUUCUGUCCCUGCAACAAAACUGAAAUAGUCCUUAUUAGACUCACAAGCAACACCCAACAUGGUUCUGGGUACGGCAGAUUACCUUUUAUAUUCUUCCUAACCAGUCUGCAACCUCUGCCAUGAUUGGCAAUACCAUCUUCCUCCAGUCGUCCUGGUAUCAGAGACAUCCUUGUGCUUUUCAAUCAUUGGUUGUCCAGAUCUAUCUCGAGGAUCAUCUGCAAUGACGUGUCUUCAUGUUCUCAUUUCUCAGGAGUCCCGCAAGUAUCUACUCUUGUUUCCUCCUAGAUUUUAUCUACUUGCCUUCUUGCAGUUACAUCAAAUGAACAAACAUUUUUAAAUGUUAACAGUGGCAUCAGCACGACGACUUUUGAACUCUGACGUUUGUCAGACAUCCUGUUCAUGAUUAGCAUAAAUUUUCUCCAGGUAGAUUUUGGUAAAGCCUAUUGCCCUUGAUCUUCAACAUAAAUUCUAUUCCCAAGUACUCCAACUUUCCUUUAUCUAUCUGAAAUAGUCAUGAUGUUUGUACCUUGGUGUCAUAACCAACUCCAUAUCUAUGUCAAUAGCAAGGUCACCUGCCUUCAAUUCCGUAACAUUGUCUAACUUAGCCCCUUCUCCAGCUCACCUGUUGACAAAAAGUGCUACCUUCAGAUUUCACUAUUUCAUUCUUCUUUCUAAUGGCCUCCUAUCUUACACAUUAUCUAUCCAGAACUUUGCUACCCACAUCUUAACUCACACUAAAAUGCGCUCCCAGCAAUCCAGUGUUAGUUGCUCUAUUUUGCCAGUGCACCAGUUUAUAACCAUGAUUUAAUUCAAAAUUCAUUCACAACCUCACCUCUCCUUACUGCCUCCACUAUUCACUAAGUAUUCCUUUCUGCCCUGUUGUUCAACUCUGAUUUUAAUCACACCAUUGUCGGUAGCCGCAACGUCAAUGGUCCAAGACUAAGGUCAGAAAUUGACUAAUAAAUAUCUGUUUUCCUAUCACAAUGUCCUUUAAAACAUUACUUAAGAUACAAUUCUUUAAUGAACAGAUUGGUAAACUGCCCUAAUAGGUCCUUUUGAGACUAUGUGUCAGGGUUGUUUGAUAGCUCCUUUGGAAUGUAUCAAAGGGUUUUUUAUUUCAUGAAGGAUGCUAUAAAUGCAAGCAAGCUGUGUUGCUACCAAGCAAACACUUCUCAAGAGUAACACACACAAAAUCAGGACCUGAUGAAGGGUCUCAGCCCAAAAUGUUGACUGUUUACUCUUUUCCAUAGAUGCUGCCUGGCCUGCUGAGUUCCUCCCAUAUUUUGCUUUGGAUUUCCAGCAUCUGCAGAUUUUCUCGUCUUUGUGAUACUUCUCAGGAGUAGUCUCAUUAAAAGUGCAUGUUCUCUUUCAGAACCAUUUUUCCGAAAUGCUUAAUACAUUGGGGUCUGCCUGUCCCUCUUUGAUAUCUCCUAAUACAUCUGAUCUCAGAUGACUCCUAGGAUUAUUGCAUACAGAUUUAUUCUAUGUGAAUAAUCUUAUGGACUCUUUACAAUGACCAUGAGUGUAUUUUUAAAAGUAACAUUUAAGCUAUAUCACCACUUAGAAAAAUAAUGGUGAUAAACUUAUUUCUGCCAUUUUCCCUAUUUUACUGCAACAGUAUCAUUGUAAUAGUUUAGGUUGUACUAAUACAUAACAAUAAUGGAUUUUCACCACCCAACAAAAUAGUUUUAUAAAGGGACUGUUGGUAUAGGUCACUAAUAAAGUUUUUUGUCUAUGUAACUCUUAGGUUUGGCUAGCAGCUUACUCAAGGGAAAGGCAGCCUUUGACCCAGCCAAACUUGAGAAAUUUUAUAUGGGUGGAUGCUGCGGGAUGUGUCCCCUGUUACAAAUCAGUUCCACAAAAUAACAAACCGUACACAAUGUGCAAUUAAAUGUGAGAAAUCUUAUAUGGGCGGAUGCUACGGGAUGUGUCCCCUGUUACAAAUCAGUACCACAAAAUAACAAACUGUACACAAUGUGCAAUUAAAUGAUUGAGCUUUAUAAUCCUUCCUUUGACUAUAGGGUUAGUAAAGAAACAACAAAAAAAGGGGCCCAUUCUCAUGAAACAGUCUACUUCGCAAUGUUGGAGCUCACGGUUUUCCCGUCUGUUCGUCCUCCAUUGAUUUUCUCCCAGGGCAUUGACCACCGACCCCAUUCCAAGUCCACUCUGUCCUGCAGAUGACAACUUCCCCGUUCUGGCAUCUCCUCUCUCAAUCUUACGCUGAACAAAAGACUGCAAAACCCCUUCUCUCAGACCCACAAGAAAGAACAAUCUGCCUCUCAUUGGAUGGCAUACAUUCCAACGCCGCAUUAUCUCCAGUCAUAACCCAAACAUUGCUGCUACAGAGAAACCAUUACAUUAGCAGUGAAACCUUACAACAUGUUACACGUAGUUGUUAUAUUUAUAAUCAGCUAAAAAAAUGAAAUUUACAAUACCUAAUAAUAACAAUGUCAAGAACAAUCAUGGUCAUAAAAAGACCAAGAUCACCCAUGUCAUACGAUAUGGCACAUAAUGAACAAAAGAAUAAUAUCAUCCUGAAAAUCUAGGUUUAGCUUACUAACUUCCUGUGAUUACAAAUCUACGAAACAAUUCCCAAUUUAAAAUCAGACUGAUGCUUUUUUUAAAAUUAAAAAAUAUCCUUUUUUGUUUCUACAAGAUAGGGUGUACAUUAGGAAAAGGUAUAUCUCCCUGUGCUGCCCUUCUGCCAAAUCUGCCUCCCUCGAAACUGGAAAUGUUUCGGAGGAGCAGUAGGCUUGGCUGCAACAUUUUUAUUUUUUUCUCCCCCUGACAACGUCUGCUGUCCUUCUCCUGCCCAUCCUGUUGUAAUGAGAUGGUGGUGAUUCAAGAACUGCCCAACAAUGAUUCAACUACCAAGUUGCAUUCUCAAAUACCUAAACUCUGGAGCAAGCCUUCAGAGAAACUGGGGAGCAUAAUAAAAAAAAAGUUGUGCUUCAACAAUGAGGAACCACUAGAAGUUUGAAGAAUUGUUUGUCCAAUAAGUUGCCUCCAACAGGGAGAAACACGUGAUCUAAUAAACAAAAGGAUUCGUGUUAUUAUUUUCCUUUGUACAGUAAUGGGGUUGUUGCUCUUAGAAUUGUUGACAGCAGCCUCAGCAAUCUGAUACAUUGGGUGCAUUCACUAUUUCAAAAUUCUUAAAAUUACAAAAAUAGCACGUUUGUUUCUUUCUCAUUUAGUGAUACAAUAUUUCUCAUUUAAUGAGUCAUUUAAACAAGAGAAAAGUCCAGCAUGAAUAUUUUAUAACAUUAAAGUAACAGAUUAUAUGUUCACUGUAUCUCUUGAUUAUGGCCAAAGUCAGUAUUAGUCAUAAAAGCUGAAGUUUCUGUAUCUCAAACCAAUAACCUGAUAACACACAACAAAACCAUUCAACACAAUAAUAAUUGACUCAACUUUUUGGUUUGUUUUCCCCAUUAUGUGGGGUCUGGGAUCAGCCAUGAUGGAAUGCGGAGCAGGCUCGAUGGGCUGAGUGGCCUCAUUCUGCUCCAAUGAUUUAUGGUCUUAUUGAACAUGUCUUGAAUAGCCUUUUAGCUAACUCAUUCUCUCUUGUGACACUUUCAUUGUUCUAGUCUACAUUAUCAUCUCUGAUUAUGUGAAGAGAUAAAAAUGAAGUUGGUGAUAUCUUUCCACAAUGUAGUAUUGACCCUAGCCUGCAUCUACAAUCAAUGUGAUUUUUGUUUUGAUUCAGGUUUAGAAUUACCAAUUAAUGAACCAGAUGGAAUGCUUUGCUUAAGUUACAGUUCAUUUUACCCUAAUUGCAGCUGGUGAUGACACUUUUAUUAAUGAUACUGCAAGUGUUACACAAACUACGAAAGAUAACGUUGGACUUUAGUCAGGCACUUCAGAGGUAGUUACUGUAAUUGAUCAAAUACCAUCUGUGUGAAAGCAAAUUCAGGAAGAGACUGUCUCCAGGAUUUACCACAAUUACAUCCACAAUCACAAUUUGACAGAAAUUAUUUUAGAAUUUCUAUUGGUCACUCCAAUAUAAAGGUGCCAUAGUAACAGAAAAACUUCUGAUAAGAACAGAAUGUCUAUGCUUUACAUAAAUGAGUACUGCAUGAUCAGAGUGAAGCUUUUAGAGGAAACCUCAGAAAAUCCCUUUUAGUAAACUUGCUCAUUUUACCAGGAACCUGAAAGUCAACCACGCGAAGUUAUGAGGAAACUGAUUCAUAUUUCUGUAUGGGUCAAAAAUAAGAAUUCUAUUUUCACAUUUUAAAUCUCGUCACAUAUGUAAGCCAUUAAGCCCCUCAGGGUUUUUUUUUCUGCCAUUUAAUGAAGUUUUGGCUGAUUUGUUUAGCUCUUCAUUCACCGACAUUAAAGAAGUAUUUAUUGAUCCCGGUAUUGAAAGCAGCAUCCAUCAUCAGGGACUCCCAUCUCCCAGGUCAUGGUUUCUUCUUGCCAUUGGGAAGGAGGUACAGAGCCUUAGGACUCACACCUUCAGGUUCAGGAACAGUUAUUACCCCUCAACCAUCAAGCUUCUGAAACAAGAGGGGAGAACGUCACUUGCCCCAUCACUGAACUGUUCCCACAACAGAUAGACUCACUUUCAAGGACCCUUCAUCUCACGAUAUUUAUUGCUUAUUUAUUUAUGAUUAUAUUUCUUUUAUCUUUUUUGUUUUCACACAGUUGUCUGCACUAUUUCAUUGAUUCUAUUAUGGUUAUUGGACUUAUUGAGUAUGCUUGCAAACAGAUGAAUCUCAGGGUUGUGCAUGGCGACAUACACAGUAUGAACUUUGAUAAUGAACUUUUCAGUUGUUCCAACAUCCACAACUUUUUGCAGGAGAAAGUUCCACACAGCUGCUGCUGUCGAUGGUUUUUUGCAAAGUGAGAUAAAUGCAACUUGGAUGGGAGUAAAACUUCCAAAGUACUUAGAGGCGCAUCAGUGCGUAUUCAUUAAUGUAAAACACUCACAAUUCUACUUGCUUAUUGGUGGUGUUCAAUGGGUUAUAAUCUCUAAAAACACAUCAUUGACCAACAGAUAUCCUCUGAAUGAGUUAGGUUUGAAAUGGUCACAACUCAGUUUCUACGGGCCAGAUUCCACUUGCUGCAAGCAUAGCAUAAAGUGGGUUUCAUUUUCUUUUUGACUGCCUGUUAUGUAGCGGGCAGCAAUGAAGGUCCUUUAUCUCUGGCGGUGUUCAGGGCUUCUUCCAUUGUGUGUGUCAUUGCUUCCCCUUGGUUUUCAGUACUGUCAGUCAAGUAAGUCCUGGGUGGAGACUCAGGAAUACCGUCACUCUCGGAUAUGAUUCUUCAUUGCCGUUUCCAUAACAACUUUGUUUUACUAGUCGGGGUUGAUAGCUCUGAGCUGAAACACUGAACCUAGAGGACUGGUUAGUUUGGCCUCUACCCUUUGACCUGUUUGGCAUGGGUGACUUUACCAAGAGCCAAAGCACGAAGCCCUGACUCCAGCCAACAUAGUUCUCCAGUUCAUUGAGGCACGUGAGCCUCCAAACCAAGACAAGGGAGGUAUCCAUAUUAUGAAGAGCCAGAAAGACAACUGGAGUAGUGAAUGGGAGCAAGACACUGGUGCUGGAAAGAUGCCCUUCUCGCCAACACUCUUCCUGUUCUACCAGUCCUGAAGAGUGCAGGAAUGGAAUAUGUGGUUAAUGAUCCUAACACAAGUAUAGAAGGAUUAAUCAAGGCUGUCCAUUUGGAAUUUCUGAUACCUAUCAUAACCCUAUUCUCCAUUAUGUCGAGUGUUGCUACUCACGCAAAUUCAAUACAACAUUUUGUAGAAGUUAAUAAGAUGAAAUAAAGAUAAAGUAAGCCAUGUUAAUGUGUACAGCCUUAUGUUGUCUACGUGAACGGUAAACUGACAUUCCUUUGCUGUCUUGUUCUAUCAAAUUUGAAACUAAAAUGUUUUUGUUAUUCAUUUAGCUCUUGAGGCCAUGGAGCUGGGAAUUCGGUGAUAAAGCAGGAAUUUGCUGACUGUCACAUUUUAAACAGAACAGGGAGAGCCUAGGACCAGAGGACACAUCCUCAGAAUAGACAGGCAUCGUUUUAGAACAAAGAGGAGGAAUUUCUUUAGCUUUAAUGAUAGAUUGAUAGAUUCUUGAUUGGUCAGGGCAUGAAGGGAUAUGGGGAGAAGGCAGGAGACUGGGGAUGAGAGGAAAAAUGGAUCAGCCACGAUGAAGUGGCAGAGCAGAUUCAAUGGGCCAAAUAGCCCAAUUCUGCUCCAAUUUUUUACGGUCUGAAAUAUUAACUUGUUUACUGAAGGCUGUAUCUUAGUAGAUAUAUUCUUCCAUUCUUUCCCACUCUUGUCAUAUUAAAAUAUAUAUUUUUCUCUUUUUGCUGUGUGUCAUUCCCUGAGUGAAUGGUGGUAAAGCCAACUCCACCAGGAGCUGUAGUAAUGCACACUUUUUCUACAGAUCAUCCCUGUGUGAUGAUUCCCUCUAAUGAUAUCUGGAACGCUGAAAGGGACAGUUGCUGAGGUGAACUUGCAACCUACCCCAAUGCUGAACAAAAUGAAAAGGGAACAGAUUUGGAUUUAUAUGCAGUGACAAUACCCUUCAGUUGCAUAGUGCUUUUAAUGUGGUAGCAAAUGCCAAAGCACAUGACGGGGCGUUAUCAAAAUGUGACACAAAACCGCAAAAGAAGAUUUGACAGCACUUCAAACACUUCAAGAGAUAAGGGAACCUGGAAGGGUGAAAGAGGGGCAAAACAGCACAAGGCUUGGUGGAGAAAAUUUAAGAAAAAAGGUCAAGUGAAAAAAGGAUCUAGGGAGCCUGAGAAACAGCUUCCAAAUUAGAACAACUAUAUUGAUCAAUGAGCACAGGAGUUCGCAUACCCACGUAUCCCAAAGGCUUUUAGAUCGGGGGGAGGGGAAUAAUACAGUGGGUGAGAAUAUUCAGAGAUUAGAAAGCAAAAAUGACAAUUUAAAAAUUAUGGUAUAGUUUAACACCCUGCUAGUACAGAGCCUCUCCAAUAGCAAGCCUCAUGUAGUGCCUCCUUGCUGGCGACACGCGGGAACUGAACUCCUUUCGGACUCAGGCUGAACUAUAGAGGACAGGGAGGCAGGGAAGGAGUCUGGCCCCUGCUCACAUAGCACGCAGGCCCACCGGUGUGUGGACAUGCCCUGGUGCUCGUGAACCAGAUCCCCAGCUUUGGGUAAAUAGCCCCACUGCCUUGUGGGCAGCCUCGGGAGAGAUGACGGCUACGGGAGUAAAACCCAGAUAGAAACCCAGAGUGGAGCCCCUAAGGCGGCUGGACGUCAUUGAACAUCCUUCUGGCAGCUCCUGCAGCCAACCUGGUGCCAAACGUUUUGCUUCAUAAACUUUCCAUUGGACUACAGUGGUGAGGCUGAGAGGGGGAUCUUGACGACUGGGAAUCUCAGGAUGUCCAUACCUUACGCCCAGGCUUGUGAUGAUGAUCAUCACCCAUUGUCCUUCCAGACAGACUGAUGCCAACCAUCACACACACAAAACGCUGGAGAAACCCAGCAGGU